GGAAUCCUUGGAAUUCUACCAAAUCUGGAGGUGGAUGGGUCAGUGUCCUACCUUUCCUUUCCUUCUAAUUUUCCAUCAUUCACCAAACGAGUUCGUACACACUGAGAUGCCAUUAAUAAGGUGAGCGCACAGUCUCGGCGAGGCCUUCGACUAUCGUUGAUUCGAUCCUUCUCGGUUUUGCUGUUGUUCGAAUUUGAUUCACAGUUAAGUGUUCGAAGCAGUAGUACUGAUAACAAUGCACAAGUGGUUUUCACAGGGCAGUAACGACGAUGGUGGACCACAACAAGAGCUGCAAACGUCGUCGUCUCUGCUCUCCGAUUGGAACUCAUACGCAGCCUCAAAAGCCUCAGAAGAGAGCACCACCACGCCUGGAGUAUUCGAUCUCGAAUCCGCCGUCAGGUCCGCCAACGACACCGUCACCGGCACUUUCAACGUGGUUUCAAAAGGAGUGAAAGACUUACCAGGAAACUUUCAGUCUGCAACUAGUAAUGUCCCUUCAGGAAAAUCCCUCAUGUAUUUUGGUUUACUACUAGCAACUGGGGUGUUCUUUGUUUCCAUUGCAUUUAUCAUGUUCCUUCCAGUCAUGGUGCUGGUACCUCAGAAAUUUGCCAUUUGCUUUACUCUUGGAUGUGGCUUUAUCAUUGGGUCGUUCUUUGCACUCAAAGGCCCAAAGAAUCAGUUAACGCACAUGUCAUCAAAAGAGAGACUUCCUUUUACAGUGGGAUUUAUUGGCAGUAUGGUGGGUACUAUAUAUGUUUCUAUGGUGCUACAUAGCUACAUUUUCUCCGUGCUCUUCUCAGUUCUACAGGUUCUUGCUCUGGCAUACUAUGUUGUAUCCUACUUUCCUGGUGGAUCAACGGGGCUGAAGUUCAUUUCAUCUGCUCUUACCUCUUGGAUAUUAAAAUGUUUCGGCAGGUGAACUUUAUUUUUUACAUUUUUUUUCCCCUGUAAAACUUGAUUUUUUUUUUUUUUCCCAUGUUUGUUAGUGUUCCAUGUAUUUCUUCUACUUUGGCGGAAAGGGCUGUUGAAAAUCAGAAUCGUCUAGAAGAAUGUUGUAUACAUUUUUCUCAUAUAACAGACUGCUUAGAUCA